CAGCUUGCGGAUUGUUGAUGUUUAGAAUUUGGCAAUGUGUCAUAGAUUUGGUACAUUUUGAAAGCUUUGGGAUGUUUUCAUCUAUUUCAAGAAGCUAUGUGUGUGGAGCGCUACAACUGAUGUUGUGUACUGCAUAGAAGAACUUCGUAUGGAAGUAGGGCCUUGAAAAAAUAACCGAAAAUGUUACGGUUUCUCAGCCGACGGAAGGGCCGAAAUGCUCAGAAAACAUCAUCUCAAAACACAUCUGGAUCUAAUCAACGAUUCAUUCCUAAUAAACAUCUUGUUCAAUGCAAAGUUGUCCUACUAGAUGGUACAGAUCUGUCCGUGGAUUUAACCAAAAAGGCUGUUGGUAGUGACCUUUAUGAGCAGGUGUUCUAUUCCCUUGAUCUAAUUGAAAAGGACUAUUUCGGACUUCAGUACACGGAUGCCAACAAUGUAAAGCACUGGUUGGAUCCUACUAAAGCAGUGAAAAAGCAAGUUAAAAUUGGACCACCGUAUACUUUGUUCCUCAAAGUAAAGUUUUACUCAUCAGAACCAAGCCAGCUUCGAGAAGAGCUCACAAGGUAUCAGUUCUUUCUACAGCUCAAGCAAGAUAUUCUUGAAGGGCGUUUAGAAUGUCCCCUACAAACUGGUGUAGAGCUCUGUGCUCUGGCUUUGCAGUCUGAACUAGGUGAUUUUGAAGAAGGAGUGCAUACUCCUGCCUUUAUAUCAGAGUUCCGUUUUGUGCCAAGCCAAACAGAGGACUUUGAGAUAGCAGUUCUUGAAGAAUAUCAACGAUGCAAGGGCUUAAGUCCUGCUCAGGCAGAAAGCAAUUACCUGUGCAAGGUGAAAUGGUUGGAGAUGUAUGGAGUUGAUAAUCAUACGGUUUUGGGCAAAGACAGCUGCGAAUAUUCAUUGGGGCUUACACCCACUGGCAUUUUGGUCUUUGAGGGUGCCCAAAAAAUUGGUCUUUUCUUUUGGCCCAAAAUUGGAAAACUUGAUUUUAAGAAGAAGAAAUUGACUUUAGUUGUGGUAGAGGAUGAUGAUCAAGGUCAUGAGCAGGAACAUACUUUUGUAUUUAGACUUCACAAUGAAAAAGCUUGUAAACACUUGUGGAAAUGCGCUGUUGAACAUCAUGCCUUUUUCCGCUUACAAACUCCUGCCAAAGGUUUAUCAGCACGCCAGAAUUUUUUCCGUAUGGGAUCAAGAUUUCGAUACAGUGGUAAAACUGAGUUUCAAACCACUCAACAAAAUCGUGCCAGAAGGACAGUGCAAUUUGAGCGCAGGCCAAGUCAACGCUAUGCACGCAGACAAUCCCACGUGCUGCGUGAACGUCAGAGAGGGAACGGUGGGGCUUCCAAGAAUUCCGAAACUGCCACUGCUUCUACAGCUCCUGCCCCCUCUUCAAUCAGCACUGGUAGCUUUCGUAGCAUUGGGUCAGCAACACCUCAACCUGCGGAGACCCAAGCAUGUGGGUUGAGCACGAUUGGAGGUCUUCAUUCAAGCUCAUCGAAUCAUGAUGGAACUUCCUCUAAACAAAUUGAUGUGCCAACUGCCACAUUGGUCAAUACCUCUGAUGAUCCUGUGAGCCCAGUUCUGUCCGGAACACUGAAGCGCAGGAAAGCCUCAUCCCCAGCUGAGGAAAGGCUAGAUACACUUCUUAAAAGUCUUGCUAAGGAAAGCCCAGCUCUGAAUGCUGACAAUCCCAAUGAUUCAAGUUCUAUCAGUGAAGAUGUGGAUCUUGUUGGGGACAAUCCAUCAUGCCUCGCAUCCACAGCCAUGGCUGGUCCAGCGGUGUCUGGUGGGACUUUCACUUUGUCUCCAUUACCAAAGUAUCGUAAUAAUCAACGUACUCCAAGCAGUGCUGGUCCUGCUCGUCCUAUUCCUCCUGAUCAACUCAAAUGCAAUAUCCUAAAAGCUAAAGUUGAAGAAGGGAAACUGUCCAAUAUUGGAGAUGUAGAAAAGAAUAUUACUAAUGGAGAGCUUGGGCACAAAUUUUUCUUGGACUCUCCUAUCGACACUAGAAGCGCAACUUUUGUCUCAGUGGGAGGAGACAAGCUGACUUUAGCUCUCUCAGGAUCAAGCACCACCCAGGGUUCAAAUGGAGGCCUUCCAACUGGAAAGGAAAGCAGUUCAAAUUCAGAUGAAGAGGAUCAAGAAGAUUGUGCAUCUGAUGAGCGCACAGACAAAGCAAGAUCUCCCACUCCUGUUACUGUCACACACUUUUCUUGGGGGGAGAGAGGAAAGCUUGAGCAGAGAAUCUUAUCAACUGCUUCAUCACCUCCGCCUCCACUUAGUCUUGUGAACAAUUCCACCCAUUCUCAGAGAAACAGAUCACCCUCGCCAUUAUCCCCAUCAUUCUUCCCACCUAGCACACCGGACCCUAUUGAGAAGAAAACCUCGCCAACUCCUUAUAGCACAAAUCCUUUUAAUCCAUUUUCCUCUAAGACUCAUUUUUCUCCAACUUCCCCAAAAGAAAUGAAAUUCUCAAAUCCAUUCUCUUCUUCAGACAAAAACAAAACAAAUCCAUUUCUUUCUCCCAAAAUGGUCAGGCCAGACACCACUAAUCCAUUUAAAGACACUGAGAGAGCUGAGGAUACUCCUACUGCUCCAGUUGCUUUGGUCACUUCAAUACCUUCUGAGAAGGUAGCUAAUGCAGAUGUUUUGGUCAAAAAGGAGACUGCCUCUGUAGCUAGUGACCAAACACAAGGUAAUUCAGCUACAGCUUCAUCUUCAAAUCUUUCAAGUCCUACUGCUGCAACCACAGUAACAGAUGGUGCUCCACCCAUCAGUACUUCUACUUCUAAUUCUGCAUCGAAUGUUUCCAUAUCUAAUUCAACCCCACCUGCAACAUUAAACCAACUUUCGCCAUGGUUGGUUGCCUCAGAAUCCCUUUCAGGGCCUAGCGCUGCUCAACAGGCUGCGAAGAUGAUCAAAGAAUCUUCUAUUACCAGGAAAACAGUAAUUACAACUCAGCUGUAGCCAUAUAUGUGAUUUUCCCGUCCAUUUACCCAUAAAUCAUAUUAAUUUUACAUGUUAUUGCAUGGAAAGUAUUUUCUAUUGAUGUAAAUUUUUGUUUCUACUAUCGAUAUUCAGGGAAGGAUACAAAAUUUAUGAUAAUCCCUGUACGUUUAUAUCCUUUAACCAUCCAUAGGAAGAUGUAAAAGUUUUAUUGCCUUUUCCAUUCAAAGUAUUUAAAGUGCAUGCCACUUAGUAAUUUAUAAAUAUUUAUAUGUAUAUUUUAAUAUUUCUUCUUUUUAAAUGAGACUUGAUUGUUAACACUCCAUUCCAAUGUGACUUUCCAUUGUAGUAUGAAUCCCAUAUAUAUCAUGGAUUGUGGUAUCAAGGUGUUGUUUUUUUAUUUAUCAUAUUUUAUUAUAUCUGAUUGUCAAUGUUAUGUUACACCACCAUUUCUGUCGGAGAUAGAAAGGCAGUCGUAGGAACCCUGCAAGUUUUUGAAUUCAAUUAUAAAUAUGUUUUUAAAUCAGUUUUUAUUAACUCUUGCCUUAAAACUGAACUGCCUCCAUGGGUAUAACAAAUUAAAGGUGGGUCUAUGUUAGGAAUGCUGCAAGCUGAGUUGGAUCAAUUGGGAUGGUGGGACAGGCUAGGCCACCCUCCAUGCACCACUCCUCUCGCCCCAACUACGGUCGCAGCGUUCCAAUUGAAAAUCCAUCUUUAGUAUGUAUUAUAUGCGUUCAUGAUUUUCGGAAACGCAGUAAACAAAUUUGUUGUUUUCUUUGCAAAGCGGUAUUGUGUGUUGUUUUUUUUUGUUUUUUUUUUAAAUUUGUCCAUGGUGCCUAAUAAAUACCAGUCCAGCCCAAGUACAGUAGUUCAAUUUUGGUAGCAAACCAGACAUGUGUAUGUUUUAUUUCUUUCAAGUGUAACUAUUUUGACUUACAUUAACACGAUGAGUCUCACGUGACCACACGUAUGGGCACAAUUAGCCGUGAUUGGCACCCCCCUUGGGACUCAAUGUGUUAAGUGACAGAAAAACUGAAUGAAAUGUGUUAAAGUUUGUCAUAAUAUUUUGCUUUUGGUUUUGUAGCAAUGAAUUUCUGUUGACUGUGAUUUCUUAAAUAUUAAUUGAUGUGUCAAUAUAUUACUGGUUAGCAGUUAUCUUUGUUUAAAUCAAGGAUCAUUUUUAUUUUAGUAUUUUAAAAAUUCAAAAUGGCCAAAUUUUGGACUUGUUUUUGUCUUUUUCUUUAAAUUUUCUUUUGGAAACUUUAUUUAACCAACUCUUAAUCAAAACUGGUUAAGAGCUGUGCUGGAUCACCAUGUUCCUAUUCAAAACAUUACUAUUUGUGAUAUAGAGUAUAUUAAAAGUGUCAUACACUUACAAUUUUGCCUUUGUCCUUUUGAAAUGUAAACCAGGAUUCUAAGGAAAUGCAAAUAUUGGAGCUUACUGUAAAUGAGUAUACUUAUCCUUAGUUUAUUUGUCGCAAGUACUUUUGUCUCUAAUAUGUAGUUUUAAGUUACAUAGGUGUUACUGUUGCUGUAAAGUUAAACUCUGGAGCAGAGACUUGUGUAUGGAUGUAGAGAGUCUGCUUCAGUUCCAUUGGUUUUGUUUGUUUCUUAUCCAACAGAAAUUUGUCUAUUUCCAUUUUCUAUCUUGUGAUUUAUAUUACAAUUACAAUGCAAAACAUGAUGGCUGAAAAUGUUGCACUAUAUAGGGCAAUAUUGCAUUCUGUAUAUUACCUAGAUCUGUUUUGUGUCUGUUAGGUAUCAGACAGACUGCAACUAAAAGUUUGUAUCUGAGCGAUUAUCUUACAUGAGUUGACCAGAUUUAUACAGAUGCUUAAUUGUAUCAAUACCAUUGUGAUCCAAAUAUUUCUUUGCGUGACUUUACUUACUAUUGGUUUAUACUUCAGGUAUUGUUUUACCAGUUUGAAAAGACAGCCAGUACUUACAUUUUAAAAUAAUAGUUCUCAGGAAUUAUUGUGCUCUUAAUAGCUUGUGCCAUCUCUUGGACUCUAUGAACAGAAUCAUUUUGAUUUGUACCUUGUCCAAUUCAUGUACCUCUUGACAAAUGAAAAUUCUUUAUAAAACUUAAACCGUUUCGUUAGUUGUUAUUCUUGCUUCCUCUUGGGAAAUGUGAAAUUCCCAUGUAAUUCAGCAAUUCUAACUUUUUACACUUGAUACAAUAUUAGUAAGUUUUUCAACUGUUACUGUUGGUUAUUAUCAGUAUUGUGUUGAUGUACACCUUACCAUGUAGACAAUUAAAUCAGUUUUCAGUUUUUUUUGAAUUCGCACUAUGUACUGUGAGUGUAUCCAUGUAUUCCUAGUGCCUUAAAUGUAACAUCCGUCCUUAAAUGUUUAUGAUAAUUGUCAAAUAAAUUCUAUUAUACCUGUAUA